AUGCCCUGCAAUUUAUCAUCUAGAAUAUCAUACUCUUUUUUUAUAGGGAUAAUUUUACUUAGUUUAGUUUUUCAUUUUGUUUAGAAUGUGAGAUUAAUUUUUUCUAUUGGUUAUUCACCCGCACAUUGUAUACUUUGGUUGAAUAAACACAUAAAUGUGUACAUAUGUUCACUACUCUUUACUUCUUCGCGCCAUUUCCGUCCUGCAGUAUUCUCUAUUAAUAUAUAUUAUAUGCUAUAUACUUACGCACGCGCACCUGGCGGACUCGGGCAUUCGUGAAGCGUCAGAUAUGUAUUACGUUACUCAAAUAUUAUUAUAACAAUUCGUUUUCCUUAUAUUCGCAUGUCGAUUACAAUUCAAGGCAUACGUAAUGGAAAAUGAUUAUUAUUCCACCGUUUAUUCAUGGUUUGACAAGUGUGGAAUUAUUUCAAAUAUUCAAACACAUCUUAGACAGAACUUAGUAAAUGCUUUAAAAAAUAGAGAUUUGGCGCAAAAAUUCGACAAGACUGCUCCAAAGUCAGCGAAACAGUAUGUUUAUGAUUUACUUAUAGCAGAGUAUCUUUGGAAUCGUAACUAUGCUUAUACAUUAUCGGUAUUAGCUAGCGAAGCUCCUCUGUUAAUUAAUUUUAAUAAACAUGUAAAACAGAGUGGUGGUAGCGAAAGUACCAGCAGCUCCGGUUCAAAGCAAAAAUUACAGAGUGAUUACGUUUGCCAUACAUUAGAAACAUUAGGAAUAGAACCUACCAAGGCCAAAGGUCAAAGUAUUAUUAAAGAAUAUGAAAAUAGCGAUUUGCCUCUGCUGCUUUGUAUACUACAGUGGACUAAAACAGUAGAAGACAGAUUGUGCGCCACAACAAACAGUACAGAUGGAUACGAAUCACAUAAAGAAAAUGUAUUGCGCAAAACCUUUAAAAAAUUUGAAGCUGCCAAAAAAAAGUUGAUUCAACAAAAAGAUUUAUUCAAUGCCCAAUUGAGACAAAAGGAAAAUGAAUUAAAAGAGCAGACAUUAAUCAUGGAGAAACAGCUUACAAUCUUACAAGAUAAAUUGGAGAAAGCUCAGAAAUUAAUGCACACCUACGAUAUAAAACAGAAACAGCUCGAUGAAACAAAGAGGCAACAGUAUUUGCAAUUUGUGCAAAAGGAAACGGAAUUGGCAAUUAAGGAAAAAUUACUGUCACAAGAAGCAAACAGAUUAGAAAAAGAACGCGACAGUUACCGGAACUUUGAAGGAGAUAUGAAAAAGUUGCAAAAUGAACUUUUGAAAGUGCAGAAGGAAAUCCCCCCAGUGGUGGAUAGGGGGGAUUGUAAUUUAACUACGAAAGACGCCGUAAUACAGACUGAAUUUGAAAAAAGCUUUGUUUACGCGCGAAAUGAAACGAAUCUUUUGAAUCAAGAAAAACACGACUUGAGUGGGCUGGUACAAGAACAAAGAUGGAGAAUAGAACAAUUAACAGCUAAAGUUUUACAGCUGUCGCGAAAGUUGGAAGAGACGCAUUUAAAACGUUUGAGCGUAGAUGCGCAGGUGCCUGUGUCUUCGAUAAGGGUUCUCAAUACAAAUACGAUAAUUAGCGAAAGUAGCUCGACUGAAGACAUACUCCAGGAUGCCAAGAUGCGACUACGUCGUUUGGAGGAGGAGAGUAUGAAAGCGGAUCAGUAUUACUUUAAUUUUAUUGGCAACACAUCUCGAUGAUUUUACGAAUGAGCCGUUAACUGUAUACUUCAAUAAAUUGUGUAAUAUGAAAGUUAUACAUAAUUGCAAGACUGUAAAAGUACAAAUGAAAUACAAAGAUUAUACUCGUUUGAAA